AAUUGGAAAGAGCUCGCACAACAAGAACUCAACAAAGCUUUGAACCGGAAGCAGAACACCAACAAGGCACGCAACGUCAUUCUAUUUAUAGGCGACGGUAUGGGUGUGUCUACUGUGACAGCUGGUAGGAUACUCCGGGGCCAAACACGUGGAGCUCCAGGCGAGGAAACUAUCCUCGAGUUCGAAAAGUUCCCAAACGUUGGACUAUCAAAGACAUACUCCAAUGACCGACAGACGACAGGAUCGGCUUCCACGGCUACAGCUAUCAUGUGCGGAGAAAAGACGAACUAUCGCUUGAUUGGUUUAAAUGAUCACGCCGUUGCUCGGGACUGUGCAUCUCAGUUCGGCAACGAAAUUCCGUGUGUGUUCGAUUGGUUUCGGGAAGAUGGUCGUUCAGUGGGCGCGGUCACUACAUCAAGAAUCACACAUGCAACGCCUGCAUGUGCGUACGCAAAAUCAGCAACACGUGACUGGGAGGGAGAUGCAAAUAUGGUGGGCGUGACCGGAGGGUGUGUCGACAUUGCCUCCCAACUUGUUUACAACAAUAGUUUUGCAAAGGUGAUGUUAGGCGGGGGACGACGGUAUUUCCUGCCAGCAAAUCAACUUGAUCCUGAAAAUGACAGAGAUGUAAACGGAAACAGUGCCAGACUUCAACGUCUUGAUGGUGUCGAUCUCACACAGAUUUGGAAGGACAAGCACAAAGAUUCUAGGGCGGAGUAUGUCUGGAACAAAUCUCAGUUUGAUGCUAUCGAUGCCUCCAAGACAGACUACAUUCUGGGUCUGUUUGAGCAGGGCCAUAUGCAGCACGAGUUGGACAGAAACAAUGGGUCGAAUGGUGAACCCUCCCUAGCGGAAAUGACGCGGAAGGCUAUCCAAGUUCUUCAAAAGGACGAAAAUGGCUUCUUCCUUAUGGUUGAAGAGGGACGGAUUGAUCACGCUCACCAUGACAACAACGCCAAGAGGUCGCUGUAUUCGGUGUUGGCUCUGGAGGACGCCGUUAAGGUUGCCAUGGAUAUGACAGACGAAAGUGAAACACUUAUCAUUGUUACUGCUGAUCAUUCACACGUCUUUAACAUUGCUGGAUACCAGGAACGAGGCAACGAUAUAUUUGGUGUAGUAAACAAUGUUGGCAAGUCCUACUUAGCAAAGGAUGGUAUACCGUUUACCACUUUACUGUACGGUAAUGGAGCUAGUUACGACUGGGGAAAUAGGACCAACGUGUCUGCUGUGGACACAACUGACAAAGACUACCUCCAGGUGGCAGCAGCUCCGAGGGGCUCAGAAACACACGGCGGGGAGGAUGUAGCCAUCUACGCACGUGGACCGAUGUCACACCUGAUUCACGGCGUUCACGAGCAGCACUAUAUAGCGCACGUAAUGACGUACGCCGCGUGCGUCGCUAACAACAAAUAUAGAUGCAACGAUAUACAACCUGAAGGAUUCAGUGCUAUGGACGUUUGGGGAAACAAGGAUGAUGUGACAUCAGCUAUGGACGUUUGGGGAAACAAGGAUGAUGUGACAUCAGCUAUGGACGUUUGGGGAAACAAGGAUGAUGUGACAUCAGCUAUGGACGUUUGGGGAAACUAG